AUGAGCUCAAACUUUGGGAUGCUUUUUUUUCUGUACACACUCCUGCUUUUCCAUCACCUUAAUGCAAAGGUUGAAAACACUCUUUGUCGAAUUAUGGGAGACCCUAAAUACCCGCUGCUGUCAAUGGAUGGAGACAUAAAUAUUGGAGCAAUUUUUCCAGUCCACACCAAGGAAACAUUACCUUCAUUUGAGUUCAAACAAAAACCUCAAUUUGUAUCAUGCUUCAGUGUGAGUGUAAGAGAUUUUCGGCUGGCUCAAACCAUGAUUUUUGCAAUUGAGGAGAUUAACAAAAAUGAAACUUUGCUCCCAAAUAUUUCUAUUGGCUAUAGAAUAUAUGAUAGCUGUGCUUCAAGAAUGUCUUCUAUAAGUGCAAUUAUGGCAGUGAUGAACGAUCAUGGGUUUGCAGCAGGGGACAGAUGCAAUGGACAGACUCAGGCUAUUAUAGGAGAAACAGAGUCUUCUACAACAGUUUAUCUUUCCAGGACCACAGGACCUUUUAAAAUUCCAGUGAUAAGUCACUCAUCACAAUGUGAAUGUCUCAGUAACAGAAAAGAUUACCCAUCAUUCUUCAGAACUAUUGCAAGUGAUUAUCACCAGGCCAAAGCACUAGCUCUUUUGGUCAAGCACUUAGGUUGGACUUGGGUUGGCGCUGUGAACACUGACAAUGAGUAUGGGAAUAGUGGAAUGGAAAAUUUUCUAAAAGCAGCUAAAAAGCAGGGGAUUUGUGUAGAGUAUUCUGUGAAAUUCUACAGGACAGAGCCUGAAAAACUCUUAAAAGUGGUAAAAACAAUGAAACAAGGCACAGCAAAAGUGAUUGUUGCAUUUGUUGCAUUUUUUGAGAUGGGAUUACUUAUUGAGCAGCUUAGUAUUCAGAACAUUACAGGUCUCCAAAUGAUUGGAGUGGUAGGAUGGAUAACAUCAAAAAAUUUAUUCACCUCCAAUACUCUUAAUGUGAUGGGUGGGUCGCUGGGGUUUGCAAUGAAAAGAAUCAGUAUCGAAGGGUUUGCAGAUUUUGUUAAUAAAUCUUUCUGGAAAACAGCUUUUCCGUGCUCAAAGAAUUAUUCUCAACCUGAAUUAGACUGCAGUAAAUAUCAGGAUCUACUUGAGCUAAGAAAUUACAAUGAAGAUUUGUCUGAACAUAGAUUUUCAGGCAAUGUCUAUAAAGCAGUGUAUGCUGUGGCUCAUGCACUACACAGUCUACUCAAGUGCAAAGAACAAGACAUUUGUGCAAAUGCCCUGACAAUACAACCACAUCAGGUGGUUGAGGCUCUGAAAAGGGUCAAUUUCACAGUAAAAUUUGGAGAUCGUGUGUGGUUUGACAGCACUGGUGCUGUAGCAGCCCAGUAUGAAGUUGUGAACUGGCAGCAGGACUCUGAUGGAUCAUUCCAGUUUAAAGCAGUGGGUUACUAUGAUGCCUCACUGCACCCUGACCAGCGCUUUGUGCUUAACACUGAAAACAUCAUCUGGGCUGGAGGACAGCUGCAGAAGCCAAGGUCUGUGUGCAGUGACAGUUGUCCUCCAGGCACUAGGAAGGCUGUACAGAAAGGAAGACCUGUCUGCUGUUAUGACUGUAUUCCAUGUGCAGAUGGAGAAAUCAGUAAUGAGACAGAUUCAAAUAACUGCAUGCAGUGUCCAGGGGAAUUCUGGUCUAAUGCUGAGAGAAAUAAAUGUGUGUUAAAGACUGUAGAGUUUCUGUCAUUCACAGAAGUUAUGGGUUUAGUGCUAGUCUUUUUCUCACUGUUUGGAGUAGGAAUAACUGUACUGGUCACAGUCCUGUUUUACAGUAAGAAGGACACCCCCAUAGUAAAAGCCAACAACUCAGAGCUGAGCUUCCUGCUGCUCUUCUCAUUGAUUCUCUGUUUUCUCUGUUCACUUACUUUCAUUGGUCGCCCCACUGAGUGGUCCUGUAUGUUACGUCACACAGCGUUUGGGAUCACUUUUGUCCUCUGUAUCUCUUGUGUUCUGGGGAAAACGUUAGUUGUGUUAAUGGCCUUCAAGGCCACACUUCCAGGAAGUAAUGUCAUGAAAUGGUUUGGGCCUGUACAACAGAGACUCAGUGUUCUUGCUUUUACACUUAUACAAGUUCUUAUAUGUGUGCUUUGGCUAACAAUUUUUCCUCCUUUUCCCUAUAAAAAUAUGAAAUAUUAUAAGGAAAAGAUCAUUCUUGAGUGCAGUCUGGGUUCUACAGUAGGUUUCUGGGCUGUGUUGGGUUAUAUUGGUCUACUUGCUCUAUUGUGCUUCAUUCUGGCUUUUCUGGCUCGGACGCUGCCUGAUAACUUCAAUGAAGCUAAAUUCAUCACAUUCAGUAUGCUGAUAUUCUGUGCUGUGUGGAUCACAUUUAUUCCAGCUUAUGUUAGUUCUCCUGGAAAAUUUACGGUAGCUGUGGAGAUAUUUGCCAUUUUAGCCUCAAGCUUCGGUUUAUUAUUCUGUAUAUUUGCACCUAAAUGUUAUGUUAUAUUGUUUAAACCUGAACAAAAUACAAAGCAACAUUUGAUGGGAAAAACACAGUCUAAAUCAUAUUAA